CCAAUAAUUUUUUUUUGCUAAAUUGUUUUAGCACGGCAUUUUAUUUUUUUUCCAACAAAUAUCAUUCAAUAUAUGGACGGUGCAGUAUUAAAUGAAAUGUUGUUGCUUUAGUAUUGGUAAAAUAAAACAAAAUUUUCUGGUUGAACGUUGUUUUUUGUACUCUGAUGAGAUGCAUCAACCAUCAAGUAAACCUGAAUCUCGUUUGGCUGCAAUCACUUUCUUUGCGAAAACACAUCCUGGUGAUGUAUGUGGUAGCAAUGGUUUACCUCUGACCCCAAACUCGAUUGCAAUAUUGGGACGCGCGCAAAGGCUCAAGGAUUUGAAACAUCCGCAUUUGUGUCAAUAUUUAGAUUUUGUGCGUGGGAAACAUGAACGUACAAUCGUUGUAUCUGAAUAUUUUGGCACCACCUUGCAGGACAAAUCACGCGUUUCUUUACUUGAAACUUUGAUUGCUCGGAUAUUUUAUCAAAUUAUAUGCGCACUUAAAGAGCUAGCAGAACAAAAUUUAGUUGUACAUAAUUUGGAACCAAAACAUAUACUCUUGGACGACUGCAAUAAUGUGAAAAUUUUCAACUACGGAUUAUAUCAUAUGACGAAGUGUGGAGACUACGUACCCUUUCCCAUCGGAAAUGUUCGUUACAUGCCACCGGAACGAUUUCUUGGUGCGAAAAAUAACAUAAAAAGCGACAUUUGGUCACUGGGCAUGAUUAUGGCUGAAUUGCUACUUCAGACAACCUUUUGGUCUGGCAUGAAAAUCUCGAAUAUAACGCGUAAAAUACUUUCAUUUUUGCAAGUAGAAAAUGUGUUUGAAAAAAUCGCACGGGAACACAACUGUCUGGAACGAUAUGCGCAAAUUAAUGGAGAAUUAUGUGCUUUGGUUGAAACCUGCUUAAAUGUUGCACCAUCGAAACGCCCACUGCCAACGGAACUUCUGACACAUCCAUAUUUUUCAAAAGAUGUCACUACAUACGCAUAUACUGAACCACCAAAAUCCAACGUUUUACUACUGCGUUGUCCACUUGAACAGAUUUACUACUGGUGGCAAUUAGCUGGCGGCGAUGUUCAGAGUGAAUUGAAAAAGGAAGGCCUUAUUCGCAGCGAAGCACCAAUAUUAGCCAUACCGCAAAUAGUUUGCCUCAAUGGCGCAAUUGUCGGACCAAAACGCAGUCAGAGCUAUCUCAUGGAUGAUCGCGUGGUGCCACUAAAAUUGAAUAAUCUCUUUGAAAAGCUAUGCAAUCUACCAGUCAUGGCAUAUUUUCCCCUAAUACAUUCCCCGAAGUUUCCACACAAUUUCGGUGCUAGUAUGGCGCAAUUGCCGCUGGUUAUACGUGAAAAAGAUAUCGAAUAUCAAUUUUAUCGCGUGCGACUUUUCUCGAGAUUACUUAAGGGUUAUCCUUAUACGAGUGACAUGAUACGCAAGGAGGCUGCCAAAGAUAUACCACCAUAUUUGCGUGGCCCCAUUUGGGCUUGCCUGCUCGAUGUAAUACCGAUUGGCAGUUAUGAGAAGAUUGACAAGUUUACGCCGACCUCCACCGAUCGUCAGAUCGAAGUAGACAUACCUCGCUGUCAUCAAUAUGAUGAGUUACUAUCGUCGCCGGUGGGUCACUGCAAGCUGAAACGGCUUUUAAAAGCCUGGGUGACUUCUCAUCCUCAAUAUGUGUAUUGGCAGGGCUUGGAUUCACUGACGGCACCAUUUUUAUAUCUCAAUUUUAAUAAUGAAGAGUUGGCUUUCCUCAGUCUAUACAACUUUAUACCGAAAUAUCUUCAAUGGUUUUUCCUUAGAGACAAUUCGGCGAUUAUUAAAGAAUAUCUGUGCAAAUUUUCCCAACUCACAGCAUUCCAUGAACCAAUUUUGGCUAACCAUUUAUCAAGUAUCAAUUUUAUACCGGAGCUAUUCGCCAUACCUUGGUUUCUCACCAUGUUUUCACACGUUUUCCCGCUCCACAAGAUUAUGCACCUCUGGGACAAGCUCAUGCUGGGCGAUAGCUCAUAUCCGCUAUUCAUCGGCAUCUCUAUACUAAAACAGCUAAAGAGCACGCUGCUCAGCUCUGGCUUUAACGAAUGCAUUUUACUCUUUUCCGAUUUACCGGAUAUCGUGAUGGAGAAUUGUGUCUUAGAAUCACAAAAGAUGUACGAAUGCACACCGAAGAGUGUUUCACAUCGUCUGCAUGUGUUGCGCGAGGAACCUCUAACUGAAUUUGAUAUUACACCCGAAGUUACGCUGGCGCACUUGCAAGCUGAGAUGUGUCCGCGUAUUAGCGCCAAAGACUUCACGAAUCUGCUGCAUCACGCGCCAACCGACAUGUGUGCGCUGGAUUUGCGCAGCGCCGUAGAGUAUUCACAUGUGCGCGUGGCACAUAGUCUUAAUGUGCCAUUUGUCGCUGCACAAUUGUCAGAACCGCAUCUGGAUGCGUUAGGUGUGCCACAAUUGGAGGAACUAAUGCACGGUCGCAUUGUCAUAUGCAUUAGCAAUACACACGAACACGCUGUGCAGUUCUCAAAAUUUUUAGUGGAGUGCGGUGUGAUGCGCGUCUGCAUCUUGCAUAAAGGCUUCAAUAUUUUGCACACCAUCGAACCGAACAUACUGAUUUCCAACUAACCAACGUGAUGCUUUGUGAGCCGAGGUGUGGGGUUUGCUCAUGGCGGUAACCGUUAUACCAAUAAUUGCAUCGAAAGCAAAUUGUACCCUGAAGAGGGUAUAUUCAGUUAGACACGAAGUUUGUAACACCCAGCGAGAGGGAGGCGACGCUAUAAAUUGUUUAUAAAAUUGUUCAGCGUGUUUUCAUCUGUCCUUCCGUAAGUCUGUCUGUCUGUAUAUAUGCAAAUUAGUGCCUCAAGUCUUGAGAUAUCCAUCCGAAAUUUUGCACACGUGGUUUUCUCCUCAAGAAAUCUUUCAUAUAUACUUUCCAUAUAAACUGAUCGUUCAAAGUCAAGUUCUUGUAUGAAACCCUUUUUAAUUUGAGGUGAUAUCUUCAAGAAAUAUGGCAUGAGUUAUUAUCUAAAGCAAUAAUGCAAUCUCCGAUGAAAGUGUUUAGAUUGGAUCAAUAUAGCAUAUAGUCAAAAUAAAGUUCUUGUUUGGAAAACUUUUUUGUUUGGAGCGAUAUCUUCACAAAAU